GGCCACGGCCGGCGUGAGCGAGUUGCAAGCUUAUCUAGGUUCUCUGUGGUCAUCGUCCUUUCUGCACCUCUGUCCUCACUCUCCAACAUGAAGGCGCUGAGCCCGGUGCGCGGCUGCUACGAGGCGGUGUGCUGCCUUUCGGAGCGUAGCCUGGCCAUCGCGCGGGGCCGCGGCAAAGGCCCGGCAGCGGAGGAGCCGCUGAGCCUGCUCGACGACAUGAACCACUGCUACUCGCGCCUGCGGGAACUGGUACCCGGAGUCCCGCGAGGCACUCAGCUUAGCCAGGUGGAAAUCCUGCAGCGCGUCAUCGACUAUAUCCUCGAUCUGCAGGUGGUCUUGGCCGAGCCUGCCCCCGGGCCCCCAGACGGCCCGCAUCUCCCCAUCCAGACAGCCGACCUCACUCCGGAACUUGUGAUCUCCAACGACAAGAGGAGUUUCUGCCACUGACCCGUCCUGGCGCCUCCAGAACGCAGGUGCUGGCGCCCGCUCCGCCUGGGACCCCGGGACCCUCUCCAGCCGGAAGCUCAAGGGCGUGGAUGGGCCCCAACCUCGCCCUUGCCCACGCGACUCCCCCAAACGCCUCGAGGCUGGACCUGGCGCCCGGGAACGAAGGACUGUGAACUUCGGUGGCCUGAAGAGCCAGAGCUAGCUCUGGGUACCAGCUGGGCCAUGUCAUGCAGCCCCCACCCCACUCCCAGGUUUAAAGACUGUCUUUUCAGAGUAUGGAGCUGUGGGGAGAAGUGGCUGCUCUCCAAACUCUGCCAAGGCAGGCAGGGCUGGUCCUCUGGUCUCCUCGGAGAAAGGCUCUGUUGCCCUGAUUAUGAAUGAACUCUAUAAUAGAGUAUAUAGCUUUUGUACCUUUUUUACAGGAAGGUGACUUUCUGUAACCAGGCGAUGUAUAUUAAACUUUUUAUAAAAGUUAACAUUUUGCAUAAUAAACGGUUUUUAAACACGUGUA